AUGGUAGGGGAAACACUCUUGCUUGGACUUGUAGUUGGUGAUACACUCGGAGAUGCAGACUCAGAUGGAGCCGCACUGCCAACUACACUCUUGCUGGGACUUGAAGAUGGUGACUCAGAUGGAGCGGCACUGCCAGAUGUAGGACUCACGCUUGGCAAGACACUGGGACCUCCUGAUGGUGAUGCACUGGGUGCUGCAGACUCAGAUGGGGCGGAACUGGCAAGUGAAGGACUUGCACUUGGACCCACAGAUGGUGAUGCACUGGGUGCUGCAGACUUGGAUGGGGCCGAACUGGCUAGAGAAGGGCUUGCACUUGGUGAGACACUGGGACCCACAGAUGGUAUUGCACUGGGUGCUGCAGACUCAGAUGGAGCAGCACUGCUAAAUGUAGGACUUGCACUUGGUGAGACACUCUUGCUCGGACGUGAAGAUGGUGACUCAGAUGGAGCCCCACUUGCAAGUGAAGGACUUUCACUUGGAGAGACACUCUUGCUGGGACUUGAAGAUGGUGACUCAGAUGGAGCGGCACUGCCAGAUGUAGGACUCACACUUGGCAAGACACUGGGACCUCCUGAUGGUGAUGCACUGGGUGCUGCAGACUCAGAUGGGGCGGAACUGGCAAGUGAAGGACUUGCACUUGGUGAGACACUGGGACCCACAGAUGGUAAUGCACUGGGUACUGAAGACUCAGAUGGGGCGGAACUGGCAAGCGCACUUGGCGAAACACUAGGACCCACAGAUGGUGAUGCACUGGGUGCUGCAGACUUGGAUGGGGCCGAACUGGCUAGAGAAGGACUUGCACUUGGUGAGACACUGGGACCCACAGAUGGUAUUGCACUGGGUGCUGCAGACUCAGAUGGAGCAGAACUGCCAAAUGUAGGACUUGCACUUGGUGAGACACUCUUGCUCGGACGUGAAGAUGGUGACGCAGAUGGAGCCCCACUUGCAAGUGAAGGACUUUCACUUGGAGAGACACUCUUGCUGGGACUUGAAGAUGGUGACUCAGAUGGAGCGGCACUGCCAGAUGUAGGACUCACACUUGGCAAGACACUGGGACCUCCUGAUGGUGAUGCACUGGGUGCUGCAGACUCAGAAGGAGCAACACUGCCUAAUGUGGGACUUGCACUUGGCGAGACACUAGGACCCAAAGAUGGUGAUGCACUGGGUGCUGCAGAAUCAGAUGGGGCGGAACUGGCAAGUGCACUUGGGGAGACACUAGGACCCAAAGAUGGUGAUGCACUGGGUGCUGCAGACGUGGAUGGGGCGGAACUGGCUAGAGUAGGACUUGCGCUUGGGGAGACACUAGGACCAAAGAUGGUGAUGCACUGGGGGCUGCAGACUCGGAUGGGGUGGAACUGGCAAGUGCACUUGGCAAAACACUGGGACUCAAAGAUGGUGAUGCACUGGGGGCUGCAGACUCGGAUGGGGGAACUGGCAAGUGCACUUGGAGAGACACUGGGACUCAAAGAUGGUGAUGCACUGGGUGCUGCAGACUCAGAUGGGGCGGAACUGGCAAGUGCACUUGGGGAGAUACUAGGGCCCAAAGAUGGUGAUGCACUGGGUGCUGCAGACUCAGAUGGGGCGGAACUGGCAAGUGAAGGACUUGCACUUGGUGAGACACUGGGACCCACAGAUGGUAAUGCACUGGGUACUGAAGACUCAGAUGGGGCGGAACUGGCAAGCGCACUUGGCGAAACACUAGGACCCACAGAUGGUGAUGCACUGGGUGCUGCAGACUUGGAUGGGGCCGAACUGGCUAGAGAAGGACUUGCACUUGGUGAGACACUAGGACCCUCAGAUGGCAUUGCACUGGGUGCUGCAGACUCAGAUGGAGCAGCACUGCAAAUACUGGAUGGGGCGGAACUGGCUAGAGAAGGACUAGCACUUGGGGAAACACUGGGACUCAAAGAUGGCGAUGCACUGGGGGCUGCAGACUCGGAUGGGGUGGAACUGGCAAGUGUACUUGGGGAGACACUGGGACUCAAAGAUGGUGAUGCACUGGGUGCUGCAGAAUCAGAUGAGGCGGAACUGGUUAUAGAAGGACUUGCACUUGGGGAGACACUAGGACCCAAAGAUGGCGAUGCACUGGGGGCUGCAGACUCGGAUGGGGUGGAACUGGCAAGUGUACUUGGGGAAACACUGGGACCCAAAGAUGGUGAUGCACUGGGGGCUGCAGACUCGGAUGGGGUGGAACUGGCAAGUGCACUUGGGGAGACACUGGGACUCAAAGAUGGUGAUGCACUGGGUGCUGCAGAAUCAGAUGGGGCGGAACUGGUUAAGAAGGACUUGCACUUGGGAGACACUGGACCCAAAGAUGGCGAUGCACUGGGGGCUGCAGACUCGGAUGGGGUGGACCUGGCAAGUGUACUUGGGGAAACACUGGCACCCAAAGAUGGUGAUGCACUGGGGGCUGCAGACUCGGAUGGUGUGGAACUGGCAAGAGCACUUGGGGAAACACUGGGACUCAAAGAUGGUGAUACACUGGGUGCUGCAGAGUUGGAUGGGGCGGAACUGGCAAGUGCACUUGGCGAAACACUAGGACCCUAA